CGUGCACACCCCCAGGCAGACAGCGAGCCGGCGCGGGCGCCCAUGGGGCUCCGCCUCGGACCGACCCCCACCCCGACCCGGAGCGCGACCUUCGGCUGCGGCGCGCGCACAGACUGACGGCUCCGCGCGGCCCCAGCAGGCCUUGUCAAGGACCAUGGCUGAACAACUCCUUCCUCAGGCUUUGUAUUUGAGCAAUAUGCGGAAAGCUGUGAAGAUACGAGAGAGAACCCCAGAAGACAUUUUCAAACCUACCAAUGGGAUCAUUCAUCAUUUUAAAACCAUGCACCGAUACACGCUGGAGAUGUUCAGAACAUGUCAGUUUUGCCCACAGUUUCGGGAGAUCAUCCACAAGGCACUUAUUGACAGAAGUGUCCAGGCUUCCCUGGAAAGCCAGAAGAAGCUGAAUUGGUGUCGCGAAGUCAGGAAGCUUGUGGCUCUGAAAACCAAUGGUGAUGGAAAUUGCCUCAUGCAUGCAGCUUGUCAGUACAUGUGGGGUGUUCAGGAUACUGACUUGGUCCUGAGGAAGGCCCUCUGCAGCACCCUCAAGGAGACGGACACACGGAACUUUAAAUUCCGCUGGCAGCUGGAGUCUCUCAAAUCUCAGGAAUUUGUGGAAACAGGACUUUGCUAUGACACUCGGAACUGGAAUGACGAAUGGGACAACUUGGUCAAAAUGGCAUCAGCAGACACGCCUGCUGCCCGAAGUGGACUUCAGUAUAAUUCCCUGGAAGAAAUCCACAUAUUUGUCCUCAGCAACAUCCUCAGAAGACCCAUCAUUGUCAUUUCAGACAAAAUGCUAAGAAGUUUGGAAUCAGGUUCCAAUUUUGCUCCUUUGAAAAUGGGUGGGAUUUACCUGCCUCUCCACUGGCCUGCGCAGGACUGUUACAGAUAUCCCAUCGUCCUUGGCUAUGACAGCCAGCACUUUGUUCCCCUGGUGACCCUGAAGGACAGUGGACCUGAAAUCCGAGCUGUUCCACUUGUUAACAGAGACCGGGGAAGAUUUGAAGACUUAAAAGUUCACUUUUUGACAGACCCUGAAAACAAGAUGAAGGAAAAGCUUCUAAAGGAGUACUUGAUUGUGAUGGAAAUUCCUGUGCAAGGCUGGGACCAUGGCACGACUCACCUUAUCAGUGCUGCAAAGUUGGAUGAAGCUAACUUACCCAAAGAAAUAAAUCUGGUAGAUGAUUACUUUGAACUUGUUCAACAUGAAUACAAGAAAUGGCAGGAAAAUAAUGAUGAGGGCAGGAGAGGGGCACAUGCACAAACCCCCUUGGAACCUUCCACACCGCAGCUAUCACUCAUGGAUAUAAAAUGUGAGACACCCAACUGUCCUUUCUUCAUGUCUGUGAACACUCAGCCUUUAUGCCAUGAAUGCUCAGAGAGGCACCAAAAAACCCAGACCAAACUCCCAAAGCUGAACUCAAAGCUGGGCCCUGAAGGACUCCCAGGCAUGGGUUGGAGCCCUGAAGAAGCAGCUGGAGGACCUCAUUCGGCCCCACCCACAGCACCCAGCCUUUUUCUGUUCAGCGAGACCACUGCAAUGAAGUGCAGGAGCCCUGGAUGCCCUUUCACCUUGAAUGUGCGGCAUAAUGGAUUCUGUGAGCAUUGCCACAAUGCCCGGCAGCUUAAUGUCAGCCAUACUGCAGAUCCUGGUAAGUGCCAAGCUUGCCAUCAGGAUGUCACUCGGACAUUUAAUGGCAUCUGCAGUACCUGUUUCAAAAGGACUACAGCAGAGCCCUUCUCCAGCCUCACUUCCAGUGUCCCUCCCUCCUGUCACCAACGCUCCAAGUCUGACCCCUCACAACUCAUCCAAAGUCUCACCCCACACUCUUGCCACCAAACUGGAAAUGACAUCCCCUCUGGCUGCCUUUCCCAGGCAGCACGAACUCCAGGAGACAGAACGGGGACAAGCAAGUGCAGAAAAGCUGGCUGCAUGUAUUUUGGGACUCCAGAAAGAAAGGGCUUUUGCACGCUGUGUUUCAUCGAAUACAGAGAAAAUAAACAGUUUGUCACUGCCUCUGGGAAAGCCCCCAGGUUCCAAAACAACAAACCAUGCCUGGGCAGGGAAUGUGGCACACUUGGAAGCACCAUGUUUGAAGGUUACUGUCAGAAGUGUUUCAUUGAAGCUCAGAACCAGAGAUUUCAUGAAGCAAAAAGGACUGAAGAACAACUGAGAUCCAGCCAGCGGAGAGACUUGCCUCAAACCACACAGGGAGCCUCAAGGUCCAAGUGUGCCCGGGCUUCCUGCAAGAACAUCCUGGCCUGUCGCAGUGAGGAGCUCUGCAUGGAGUGCCAGCACCUAAGCCAGCGAGUGGGACCUAUGGCCCACCGGGGUGAGCCCAGUCCUGAAGAGCCUCCUAAACAGCGCUGCCGGGCCCCUGCUUGUGAUCACUUCGGCAAUGCCAAGUGUAACGGUUACUGCAACGAGUGCUUCCAGUUCAAGCAGAUGUAUGGCUAAGUGUGAGCAAGUAGAUUGACCCAACAAGACGGGUCCUCAAACUGCCAGCCAGAGUGGUGCUGUACCCCAGACAGCCACAGGAAGGGUGGGCCCUGGGGCAGUGGCUUCAAGUGUCUGUGAGCAAAGGAGGCAAGAUAAGCUCUUCCUUCAUCAUGGCCAUGAUCAUCAGGUUAGUAACCAAGACUCUGCCCAGGUGAGCUGAGAGUAGACCUUGUGACCGGCAGUUUAGGUUCAGCCUGAAGCUGUUGCUGCUCAUCUACCAGGAGGCUGUGGAGAUCUCUAGACACAGAAUGCAUGAUAGGACUGGUAGCAGUUCCUAUGUCUGCCUGCUAGGAAACAGAAAGACAGACAUAUAGAAAGGUGGGAUGGAGCCUGGAACCAUCUUACUGCCCCCUGGAAACUUUUCUCAGAGAGCCAAGGUUGAAUCCUCAGAGUGCCAAGGCCCCCGCAGGAUACUGGAGAAAGCUCAGGGAAAAUGGACAUCGGCAGAGCACAUCUGCAGUCAGUAGGUUUCCCUACCUGCCUACUCAGUUCCCAAGGUCCUUCAGGAAAGAACCACACACAGACUGUGAUCCUGAGGCUGCUGAAACAUGUUCACACGGCGAUAAAACAAGCUGCUCUUGACUGUAUGCACCUUCUAGACAGCAGAACAUCUUAGUAGGAAGGCAUGCCACCAUUGGUCAUUGUUGUCUUCAGUUCCAAGGAGAUGAGUUUGGACUGAGGUGUGUAUCAGAAUGUGUAUAUAUGUAACAUACCCUUAUCAUUAUGUAUGAGGGAUUUUUUAAACAGUAAAAUGGUUCCCUAGAGGCAGUCAGGAAGACUGAAUAAUAAUAACCUAUUUUCUGGUUGUCAGGUCGCCCCUGUCUAUACAGCUUGUUGUGUGAAUUCAAUGAGCUGCCUUCUUAAAGGGAAUCCUCAUUCUACUUUAUUUAUUAUGAACUUCAAAGUUAUUUAAAUGGCAGUAUUCUCUUGGAAUUAUUUUCCACUGUGUUUUGGGAACCUGGCAAGUCCCUGGCCACAGGAUGUGAUGGGAAGUUGCCUGCUCUGUGCUUGUUGCCUCCCUAGCAAAGAAGGGAUUGCUUUAUGAAUAAAGCCUUCAGGGUCUGAUGCUUCAUAUGACUCCCCAGCUGCACAAGAAGAAAUUGUUGUCUGUCUUCUAUAAAUGCUUCUAAGUAUCCUACCUCUUUGAAGAAAAGAUAGAAAUGGAGUGGCAGGGACAGCAGGGGCACAGAAAUAUGUGGCCUUUUGUGACCUUUACUUACUAAGCAAAUUCUGUACCCCUGGGAUACUAGAUAGGAACUCUAGCCUUGGGAUAGCAAAGACAGUAGUCAUGGGGAUGAGGAGGUCUCUGCCAUUGGAUUGCAGCUUCUCUGUGUGCUUUAGUCUUAUAUAAGGAAGGACAUUAUUUCUGUAGAGGUAAGAGUGGAAAUCUUGGAGUCUAACCCAGAACCUCAAGAGGACUAUGAUAUAUAACUCUACAUAGACUUUUCUUUCCAUAUCUGCCAUGUGUCUUUCCCUGACAUACGUCUUUGUCCUUCUUUUCCAGAUACAGUGCAGCAUUUUUAUAUAAUUCUUUUAAAGUUAAUAGCUUGAUAUUUUGUGUCUAUUGAUAUUUUCAUUCUUAAUGUGAAACCAUAAAAUUAUUUAUACUUAUAAAAAGUAUGUGAAAUUUGCACAUUUAGUUGUCUUUCAAAAGAUAGAAUCUACCUUUUCUGGAUUUCUUCAGAGUGUCUUAAAGAACUGUAACUUCACAAAAGGCAACAUUAAAAAAUAAAUUAUUUAAGAACAAA